GUCUGCAUGCCCCUGGCGUCUUUUGAUCUUUGAGUAGGAGAAUAUUGCGCUAAUAAAUUUCGGUCUAUCGCAUCGGAAAACUGUGCGUUGGUUUGCGUUCGAAACUGGAGGAAUUAUUUCGGAAAACCGGCAAGGGGAAAACAGCGUGCUGCGAGAAAAGCGUGACAUCUCAUCGGGCAGAUAAUCCUUCGCCUUUCUUGAAGAAGGAUCUCACACCGCCUCUAGGCACCAUCGUCGGGCAUGGGACCAUUUUUCCCGGGACCAUUUUCUCUGGAACCCCAGAAAGAGAUGAUGCCAUGGUGACGGUACCGAUCACUCCACUUCUGUUUGAGUGGCCGAUGAGACUCGACCAAACAAAAGUAGCCUAGCUUUACUGUCUCUUGGCACGAGCCUACCUGUCGAACGGAAGAUCUCAGUGAUGGCCGCAGCGGCGCUGAGGAAGCUCUUCCGGCCGGACCGACACCGGAUUAGCAGCAACGAUGCGUCGGCCAAGAAAAACUGCGCCGAAGAACGGAACCGAAGUCGCAGAUUUUUCAGCCUCUGCAGCGGAAAUUCAAAUGGCCCUAAAGGUAGGAGCCGCGAUGUGGAACCCGACGGUACACCACCGGUUGUCCCUGCCCGCGAGAGCGCUACGGGGGCCUCAGCCAGCAAGGGUUCCUCCUUGAUGAUGGGAAGCACGCGUAGCCCCAGUCAUCGCGUAGCGCCUGCAGAGAACAACCCACCAGUAGGAGCAGCGGGGGCAGCCAACAACGCUCUAGCUGUGCGCACGCGGAGACUGAUGCGGGAGUACCGAGAGAUCAGCCGACAACAGCUGAGGGCAGCAGCUGAGAUGCGGCCGCCUACCUUCACCGUCGACCUUGUGGAUGAUAACCUCUUCGAGUGGCACGUGCGCCUUUACAUGGUUGACCCAGAGAGCCAACUGUGGCGGGACAUGCAAGAGGCUGGCCUAUCGUGCGUACAACUCCACGUCUCCUUCCCGGACAAUUUUCCCUUCGCGCCACCUUUCGUUCGUGUGUUGGCCCCGCACGUAGAAAAAGGCUUCGUCAUGGAAGGCGGUGCUAUCUGCAUGGAGCUCCUCACACCCAGAGGAUGGGCUUCCGCCUACACGGUCGAAGCUGUUUUAGUCCAGGUGGCAGCGUCAUUGUCUAAGGGCCAGGCACGCAUCUCAAACAGGCCUGGAAAGCAGUUCAAUCGGAAGUUGGCCGAGUCUUCCUUCCGUAGCCUGGUGAAGACACACGAAAAGUACGGUUGGGUGACACCGCCCCUGGCAGAUGGAUAAAAGAUCUCCGACUGCAAGGCUAGCCAAGGGAGAAGAGACUAGUGAGACUAUUGAUGUGCAACGAAAAGCGGCCCUUCCAUCCUUCGCAUUUAGGCGUAUGACGCCUUAGUCUUCGCCAAUUCCACUCAUGGACGUUCCUUUUCUUUCCCCUGUCCCCGCCGUUUUUUUCAUCUGUGGUCUCCAGAUUAACCGAAGGGAAUCUUGCAGGGGAGUGAUUCCUCGACGCAUGCUCGUGCAGGAUGACGUUGUUUUGUUGCAUCGUACGGCAUCACUGUGUGGGUGUUUACGAAAUUCAUUGCUCAUGACAAGCGCUUGGAUAUCACCUGGUGUCUGUUGCGUGUCAUCCAAAGGGUUUCUCGUUGUUUCAGCUACGUUAUUCUAAUAAAGCACCGCAAUUGAA